UUAGAUGCUGGUCACUCUUAGCGAUCAAAGGGUUAAUUCCACAAUAUAUAUACAGUCAGGUAAUUGAACUACUCUUCAGCAAUGCACAAAUCAUACAUGUUCUCUUAAGAUAUUAAUAGUGUUUAUUUAACUGAUACAUGCAUGAAUAUAAUUCAUUGUUACAUUGUAUGAGUUACGUUGUAUGAAUCACAUGUGAACCAGUUACACCCAUCUAUUGAAGAACAGUCUAUAGAUUUCUAAUGAGAUCUAUGCUUUUAAGUCCUUACAAAUUAUAUUUCAUGCAAACUUAAGAGUAUCAAAGCCAAGAUAUUAACCUAAAAUCACUGCUUCCCAGAGACGAGAUUUGUGAUAAAUUAUUCAUUUCCAGCGUCACUUUAGACCACCUGUCGUGACACUCCUUCACAAAUAGCCUAGACUAAAACUGUAUAUGUGUUGUAUUUGAACAAAAUCAGCAAAAAUGUUCCUAAUGAUUUAAUCUUCCACUUUUUCUCCAUGAGGAACGCUCGGAAAAAUGUUAUUUUGAAUAACGAUGAAACAAAUACCGCGAUAAAAAGACAAAAAAAUAUAUCGCGUGAUAUUUUAGUAUCUUUCGCCCGCGAAGGACUAAUCCGUCUCGUUCACAUUUACCGCAGAAGCGUUAUGUCAACUUGCAUACUCAAACAUUACGAUAGUCUUGUCGAUAUUUUCACAAUAACCUUUAGCUUUGACCACUUUUGGCUAACAAACGAAUAUCGAUUCCUUUUCGGUUGAACAUAUUUUCCAUAAAGGUCACCCAGAGUCCUCCCGUACGUAUGCAAAGGUUAAAAACUUAUUAAGCUUUUAAUUUUCCCGACUGCAUAACAAAAUCCGCGUUGGCAGGUUAUCGCAACAGAUUUCGUGAAUUUUCCCUCAAAUAAUACCAAUUUCAAAGACCCAAGAGAUAAUAUUUUUUUUUCUUUUUUUGAAGAAAGAUAAAAUUCAAAUUCAAAAUUGCAGGAAUAAGUACCCGAUCGAUCGCAAAGAAAUAUUACCAGUAAUUUAAGCGCAUGAAGCUUGUCUGACAUUUCAAUCUCUUCACACACCUCAACGAUUGUUUCUAGCUCCUUCUUCUUUUUGGCUCCAGCAGCAUACUCACAUGAAAACAAAAGAAAAACACCACACAACAGCACUCUUAAGUUAUUCUCCAUUUGAGAUCAUUAUCCAAUUUACGCUAUCUUUGAGUGUUAAUAAAUGUUGGCCGUAAUCUAAUCGUGGCAAGUAGAGGCAGGCGCACGUUUCUUGCAUCUUGAGAAAGCCUGGGAAUGAACAUCACUCAAUAUGGCGGACGAAGAAAGCCUUGAAGAAUUGAAGAUAAAGAUUGACUCUUUAUCGCAUCCAGAAGUGAUGGCUCUCUUUAGCGAAAAACUGGGGAAGAUAAUGGAAGAUCCACUCCUCAUUGGAUUGCCAAAUGAGCCAACUCUCGAUGAGAUGAACUCGCAGAUUGCACUGGAACAUGGCCGCGCUAUUGUUGUGAACGUUCGUCAGCAAGAUGAACAAGGCACUUUGCUACCUGUAGUUGUCAUCCAAAAUGCAACAGUGCAUGACUUAAAGAAGGCAAUACAAAGACACAUCUCACUUAAACUCUCCAGGGAAGGAGGUCCCAAUAUUGUCUCUUGCUAUGGCAUUCAAAAUAAAGAUGAGGUUACUUUUGUGAAGAGACUCCGAAGGAAAUAAUAGGAUCAUCUUUAUUAGAUGACAGCCAGUCAGAACAGCCAAUGAAAGGGACAGAGGAAUAGUUUUGGAUAUCAACUUCUGUCAUGUACCUUGUAAGUCACAGGAGAGAUGGAGAGUUGCCCAGUGAUAUCAGAGGAUGCAAUGUUUGUUGUUUUACUCCCAUAAGAGAGUGGAGAACACAUUGCUACAAGACCUAAAGCUGAUAUUGUGAUGAUUUCAUAACUCAGUAGACACAGUGCUGCAGGGAUUCAUUGUUAUGGUUUGCAUGGUCCCUUUUGUAGUCAUAACCACCAAUUCCACCAUUGGCAGUCACUUAUAAAAAAAAAUAUUAUAG